UUCGGAAUUGAUUCGAGUUGCUGAAGAAUUAAGACCUCUAACUUUUUCCGAUUGCGGAAAAGUAACUAAAAAUGAUGCAAAAAUGUGGAAUGAAACCGGUGGAGUUUUCGAUAUUUAUCCAACUUACACAAAGCUUGAAGUUUUCUGUGAUCUAACAACUGACGGUGGUGGUUGGAUGAUAUUUCAACGACGGACAAGUGGCUCAACGGACUUUUACAGAACUUGGAAUGAAUACGUAAACGGAUUUGGGAACAAAGCUGAUGAAUAUUGGCUUGGCCUGGAGAAUCUUCAUCACCUGACACGUUAUAAUGACUAUGAACUUCGUAUUGAUUUGGAAGAUUGGGAAGGAAACAAGAAAUAUGCAAAAUAUUCCAAUUUCAAAGUAGGAGGACCGAAAACGAAAUAUACACUUGCCGUUGGAGGAUACACUGGAGACGCGGGUGAUUCUUUGAGUGUUCAUAACGGUCGAAGAUUUACGACUAAGGAUCAAGACAAUGAUUCAUAUUCUGGGAAUUGUGCAGUGUCUUUUAAAGGGGCAUGGUGGUACUCAGGCUGCCAUUCAAGCAACUUGAAUGGUCAUUAUUUCAAAGGAGGAGUCCGCAAUUCUUACGCAGAUGGUGUUGAAUGGUCUCCUUGGAAGGGACAGUAUUAUUCUCUUAAAGUUACGGAAAUGAAAAUUCGACCAAUAUUUCUUGCUCUUACAUGUGUAGUUUCCAGCAAUAUAACUUCUCUAGGAAACAAAAGGGAGAGCAUGGUUAGUUUAUUUGCAAUUCUGCUGUUUUGUCUGAUUUCAGCAACAAAUUCGUUGCCUGAUGAUGGUCUCUGUUCCCAAGUUUAUCAAAUGCAUGAAUAUUGCACAAGGCAGGUUCAUGGUACGUUACCUUCAAAUUCGCGACCAGACCAUGUUCAUGCAAGACGAGUUGGUAAAGCUGGACCACGUGGACCACCAGGUGUUGUUAACUAUACAAAAAUAGAGGAGGAAAUGCAGAGGAAAUUUGACGAAAUGGAGAUUCGUUUUAAAACGAAGAUGAUCAACAUUGAAGAAAAAAUGUUAAACAAUACAUCUGAGAUAGAAAGAAAAUUUUCGGAAUUGAUUCGAGUUGCUGAAGAAUUAAGACCUCUAACUUUUUCCGAUUGCGGAAAAGUAACUAAAAAUGAUGCAAAAAUAUGGAAUGAAACCGGUGGAGUUUUCGAUAUUUAUCCAACUUACACAAAGCUUGAAGUUUUCUGUGAUCUAACAACUGACGGUGGUGGUUGGAUGAUAUUUCAACGACGGACAAGUGGCUCAACGGACUUCUACAGAACUUGGAAUGAAUACGUAAAUGGAUUUGGGAACAAAGCUGAUGAAUAUUGGCUUGGCCUGGAGAAUCUUCAUCACCUGACACGUGAUAAUGACUAUGAACUUCGUAUUGAUUUGGAAGAUUGGGAAGGAAACAAGAAAUAUGCAAAAUAUUCCAAUUUCAAAAUAGGAGGACCGACAUCGAAAUAUGCACUUGCUGUUGGAGGAUACACUGGAGACGCUGGGGAUUCUUUGAGUGGUCAUAACGGUCAAAGAUUUACGACCAAGGAUCAAGACAACGAUUCAUAUUCUGCGAAUUGUGCAGUAUCUUUCAAAGGGGCAUGGUGGUACUCAAACUGCCAUUCAAGCAAUUUAAAUGGUCAUUAUUUCGAAGGCGGAGUUCAAAAAUCUUACGCAGAUGGUGUUGAUUGGUCUUCUUGGAAGGGGCAGUACUAUUCUCUCAAAGUCACAGAAAUGAAAAUUCGACCAAUAUAACUAUCCAUAACCACGACAACAACAACAACUGUAGAUGAACUUUUUAAUUACUAUUCCGAUUACUUACUACAGCAAUUUGACAUCUAUAACAUUAUCAGCUGAUAAUUUCGAAUUAUAUUAUCAUUACUUAUCGUAGUUCUGUCGUGGUAAAAUCUCAAUUAGAAAGUAGAACCUUGGGUGCCGUUGCUAGAUAACCAACUUUGGUUCUCCGCGGCUUCCCUUCC